GUUUCGUUGGUGCGGCUCGAGCGGCUGCGGCUCGCGACUACGAUUGGCUGCAGUCGCAGCCGCAAUGUAGAGUGUUUUAUUUUAGUGCGUCUCUAAAUGAAAGCGAUUGCGAUUUAGAUUGGUUUAAAAGAUCUUGCUGUAUGAUGUGGAAGGUCUAAGUCGUAGAAAAUGAAUAAUAGUGAUCUGUUAAGUGUGAUUCUCUUAGAAGAAGAGGAAGAAGAUGAAUGGCUACAACUGAAGUUAUUAGAAAAACAAAGAUGUGAAAAACACGAUAUAUUCCAAAAACGUACAGAAGAAGGAUUUUUUAGUCUACUCAUAAACGGACAUUUAAAAGAGGACGAAAAAAAAUUUAGAGAAUUUUUCCGGUUAAAUCCCGAGCAAUUUGAUUUUGUUGUCACUCAUACAAGAGGAUAUAGAAAAGCCUGGAACGAAUUGUGUAAAGUUUCCAAUAACAGCAGAGGAAAAGCUGGCGCUAACUUUAAGUUCGUAUUCCGACAGUAUUAUCCGACUCAGUCGCAGCCAGAUGAAAAGAUCCAUUCUGUAGUCCAUUUAGUUGAUAUUGAUUUGUACCCAAAGAAUGUGAAUUUGAUCUAUCGGCAGGUAUAUGGCAACUGGGGAGUCUUUCAGAUCUCUUAGAUUUGCUUUUAGAAUCUCCCACAGUUACAUAAGUGUAAUCAUCCGAGAAACUUUAUCAGCAAUAUGUAAACAAUUGGUGCCCAUUUUUAUUCCAACGCCAACAAAGGAAGCAUUGACCAAAAAAGCUGAAGAAUUUUGAGAACGAUGGGAUUUUCCGAACUGUAUUGGAGCCUUGGAUGGCAAGCAUGCUAGAAUAUUUGCUCCAGCAAAAUCUGGAUCUUUAUACUUUAAUUAUAAAGAAUACUUUUCCAUUGUUAUGCUUGCUUUAGUUGAUGCAAAUUGUAAGUUUAUUGCUUUAGAUGUAGGGUCGUACGGAAAAGAAGGUGACAGCUCAAUAUUUAAUAAAUCGGCUUUUGGAAAAAAAGUAAUGCACUUUCAGAAUUUUUUUUCCGGCAGAUCAAAAAUUGCCUAAAUCAAAUAAAGUAUUGCCGCAUGUAAUUAUCGGAGAUGAGGCGUUUCGUUUGGAUAAACACUUAAUGAAACCGUUCACUAAAUUGGCAGCCACUGCUGAUAAAUCAAAAGCCAUUUUUAAUUACCGUUUGAGUAGGGCAAGAAGAGUGAGUGAAAAUGCUUUUGGUUUGCUAUCUCAGGUGUUCAGAGUGUUUUAUACUCCUAUAGCUGUAAAACCAGAGGUAUGUGAUGACUUGAUAUUAGCCGCCUGUUGUUUACAUAAUUUAUUGCGAGAAGCAUAUUUGGAAAGAAAAGGGGUUCCCUACUAUGAAUAUGAUUCAAAAGAAGAAAACUCGAAUGUUUUUCGGAAUCUUACAGGAGCGGGGGGAUAUCAAAACGUUGAAGGGUUCCAUGUGAGAGAUGAGUUUAUGAGGUUUUUCUCACAGGAAGGGAUUGUCGAAUGGCAAAAUCAGUAGAUUUCGAAAGUAUAAGACAAUCUGUACAUGUCAGCAAUCCAUUAUUAUGAUAUUACAACCUUAUACUGAUUUCAAUGUAUAUUGUUAUUAUAAACAGGGAUCACAAGAAAAACCUAAUAAAAAAUGUUUACAUGAAAAUUUGUUUUUUUAUAAAAAUUCCUAGAAUAAAAUGAGUUUCAAAAUAGAACAAAUAAAUACGCGGUACAUGGUGUUCCCAACUAGAGUGUAUUCAAUUUCAAUCAAAGUAGGAUGUAAACAAGCGAUAUCGGAUGAUUGCAGCAUGCCGUGACGGCAUGGCCAUGUAUUAUUGGUUGGCAAGCAAUAAAUGCCCUCUAUGCAGGAGGAUCGAAAUUUUUCAGGCCAAAAUCCAAGCAACCAUUUGUCUUUCCUCUCCCAUAUUCAAUACGAGUGAUAAAGGUAACUCAACCCCUUGGACAGCGCCAGUCUUUAAUCGAUCACCAGUCGCCGGUAUUGCAGUUCCCGUGACUCGAACGUACAUUAUUUUGUUUACAUCGAACUUUUAUUGAAUUUGAAUAGACUAUAUAUAAAUUAUUUGAUGGCUAUGAAACUGAGCCAAAAAAGGAAAAACAAAC